AUGCCUUACAACCGAUACUUGGACAUCGGUUCAAAAUGUGAAUUACAUGGUGUGACUGCCCACUUUGUGGAUUCCGACUAUAAAAUGCACAAAAGGAUCCUAAAUUUUUGUGUAAUUGAUAGUCAUAAGUGGGAGAGCAUUGGGAACUUGCUUGAAAAUUGCUUGAUUGAUUGGGGACAUGAGAAGAUACUCACAAUUACUGCAGAUAAUGCAGCUGUCAAUACUAAGGCAAUUGAAUAUGUGAGGAAGAAAAUAAAUGGGUGGAAAGAUUCGAAUAGGGUGUUAGGAGGAGUUCACAUGCAUAUGAGGUGUGGUGCUCAUAUAAUUAACUUGAUAGUUAAGGAGGGUUUGAAGAGAUUAGAAAGCUUAAUUGUGGCAAUUCGUAAUGCGGUCAAGUUUGUGAGGUCCUCACCUUCUUGGUUGAGUUACUUCAAAAUGUGUGUUGAGACGGAAAAAAUAGAGUGCAAGGGGUUGGUGGUGAUGGAUGUGCCCACUAGGUGGAACUCCACUUAUUUGAUGCUUGAUGCGGCAUUGAAAUUUCGAAAAGCCUUUGAUAGAAUGGGGGAUGAUCCCGAUUCUUCCUACUUAAUGUACUUCAAGGAAGAUGAAGGAGAUGACGAGAGAAUUGAAGGCAUUGAAGGAAGUGGGAAAGGGAAGGGAAAGUCUAAGACUAAUAAGAGGGUGGGUCCACCUAGUGAUGAAGAUUGGGAAAAAGCCGUGACAUUUGUGAUGUUUUUGAAGACCUUCUAUGAUGUCACGUUGAAAAUUUCAGCUUCUUUGCAUCCAACAUCACACUCAACCUUCCAUGACUUGCUUGCCAUAGAUGGGGAGAUUCGGGAGUUGUAUAGAUAUGAUGUUACAAUUCCUAUUGAAGAACGGACAGCCAUGGAUACUCUUUUAAAUGAUAUGGCAGCAUCAAUGAAGAAGAAAUAUGAUAAAUAUUGGGGUGAAAUUCAUAAAGUGAACCCAUUCUUGAUGAUAGGAGUUGUGAUUGACCCCCAAUUCAAGCUUCGCAAUUUGAAGCACAUCUUUGAAGAAAUAUUUGAAAAUGAUCCUACUUGUGAAAGAUUGGUGGCUCAAAAGACAAAUGAAGUGAAACAACUUCUUAUGAAUAUGUAUGAAGUGUAUAAGCCUAGUAGUAACAAUAUGGGUGCUACUAGUACUACCAAUGAAAGUGGUGGUAGUACUAACAAUGAAACCGACUCUUCUUUGGUUUUUGGAGGUCAGAGUGAGAAUGUGGUUAUAACACAUGAAGUGGAUAGGUACUUGUUGAAUCCACUUGAAUCCAUUGAUGAGGAGUUUGAUAUACUAGGGUGGUGGAGAAUAAAUGGGCUCAAGUAUCCUACUUUGGCAUCAAUUGCAAAGGAUGUGCUUGCAAUCCCUACUUCCACAAUAGCUUUGGAGUCUUGUUUUAGCACAAGUGGGAGAGUGAUUGACUUGUUUCGAAGCUCAUUGUCUCCUAGGAUGGUUGAGGCUUUGAUUUGCUCUCAAAAUUGGAUAAGGUCCGAAGAUAUAUCUUUAUUGCAAUAUGUGCCAAGCAUUGAGGAGAUGGAGUUCUAUGAAUCAAUUGAAAUGGAAAUGGGGAGUAAAACAUCCACGACAAAUUUGAAUAAGACUCUCCCUUCUUAG